AUGCCUCUCUCCACAGACCGGAUUCACUCGUGGGCGAAAGCUCACGCGUCCUCGACUGGCUUCCAAAACCAAUCUACAAAACGGCCCGUCAGCCAGACCGAGAAACCCCCUCAAGAUGGACAAGUGAAUACGCCAGCAGAGGGCCCUGCCCCGGGGCCCGAGGAAGACAAGAACUCGAAACCAGGACCGCUCAUCCGCAUGCGCAAUGGAUGUGGCCGGUUCUACACCCAUACCAAAAAUGCCCUCUGCCACAGCUGGGUCAAUGUCCUGCUGGUCUUUGUGCCGGCUGGUAUCGCCGUCAAGGCUGCUGGUCUCAACCCGGCUGUUGUCUUCGCGAUGAAUGCUGUGGCUAUUAUUCCCCUGGCUGGACUGUUGAGCCAUGCCACUGAGAGUGUUGCUUGUCGCCUGGGUGAUACCAUUGGUGCCCUGAUCAAUGUUACCUUUGGCAAUGCAGUGGAGCUGAUCAUCUUCAUUAUUGCCCUAGUCAAGAAUGAAAUCCGCAUCGUUCAAGCCUCCCUGCUUGGCUCCAUUUUGGCAAACCUGCUCUUGAUUCUGGGCAUGGCUUUCUUGUUGGGCGGUCUUCGUUUCCAAGAACAGAUCUACAACAGCACCGUGACCCAGAUGAGUGCUUGCUUACUCAGUUUGAGUGUUACGAGUCUCUUGCUGCCGACUGCGUUCCACGCAUCGUGGUCAAACAGUGCCAAUGCAGACCGGCAGACACUGAAGGUUAGCCGAGGCACUAGUGUGGUCCUGCUUUUGGUGUACAUCCUGUAUAUCAUCUUCCAGCUCAAGUCGCAUGCAUACCUCUACGCCAGUAUUCCCCAGCGCAUUAUUGAUGAGGAGUCUCAUCCUGGUGUUCUGGCGGAGUUCAUGAACAGCUCGUCCGACUCUUCUACCAGCUCCAGUGACGAAUCAGCGGACACGACGACCUCAUGGACCACUGCCAAACGAAUCAAGCGGGCCAUGAAGUACCGCCGACACCGCAAAUCCAGUACUAGCUCCAAGGGAACUACGUCCCGCCAAUCGGUCCAGAAGAAGGCCUUGGCCAUGUCCAACGAGAAUCAGAGUUCUGUGGGAAAUUCGAUUGGAAGCAAAGACGACUCCUGUGCGGUCGAUUUUGGUGAUGAGAAUCGCUAUGAUGCCGACGACGACGCGCAUCAAUCCUCUGAGGUUCGCUCUCGGGACUUUGGCCUCGCGCUGAGUCGUCUGGGUAGCAACAAGGAUACCCAGAAGGCAAAGAAGCGAGAACGGAAGAAGCGUCGGGCCCAAAGAGCCGAGCGAGCCAAGAAACAGACCCUUAAUCACGCCGAUCCUCCGCCCGAGGAGAUCGCUUCUCGACCACCGAUGAAAGGCUUUGCAACUGCACCCAACAUUGCCGGGCUCGCAGAAGCCAAAGAUAACGAACAGCGGCGACGCUCGCCGUUCGGCCCAAUUCCAUCGCUGUUGUCCAAUACCGUCUUUAGCUCUCAAUCGCCCGCACAAUCGCCGCGUCUCGGUGUCGCUGCUUCGCGCCCGGGUCUUUCUCGCAGUAACUCGCUUCCUGCACACAUGAACCGUGCGCCACCGGUGGGCAAUGCCGUCCAGUUUGCCCGAGGUGCCGCUCGAGCACCCGUCAGUACUGAAGUUGCGGCCAUGGACACCACCAAGGAGGAUCCAGAGCCCGAGAUGUCUCGCACAGCGGCCGUAGUCAUGCUGUUGCUGUCGACGGGCCUGGUGGCGGUCUGCGCUGAAUUCCUGGUGGACGCCAUCCCCGAGAUGAUUUCCAGCUCGCCCGUCAGCGAGGCCUUUAUCGGUCUGAUUAUUCUGCCAAUUGUGGGGAAUGCCGCGGAGCAUGUCACUGCGGUCAGUGUCGCCACCAAGAACAAGAUGGAUCUGUCCAUUGGUGUUUCUGUCGGAAGUAGUAUCCAAAUCGCUAUUUUUGUCACUCCGCUGGUCGUCAUCCUGGGCUGGUGCAUGGACAAAGACAUGUCGUUAUACUUCACGCUCUUUGAAACCAUCUGUCUCUUUGUGACUGCCUUUGUGGUCAACUUCUUAGUUUUGGACGGCCGAAGCAACUACCUCGAGGGUGCCCUGCUAAUAGCGGCCUAUGUGAUUAUCGCACUGGCUGCCUUCUUCUACCCGAACAGUGCGGAGUCGAGCAAUCUGGCCGGGUCGGACCCCUGA